AUGCGGCCUACAACAAUAUUGGCUCCGAGCCUCUUCCUACUCACAUCCUUCACACAAUCCACAAGCGCAUUAAAAGCUCUCCCAAAUUCACCAUGUGCUUCGAAGUGCGGCAAUGUUUUAGGAGGAACGAAGGGGGAUGAUGAUAUCGUGUGUCAGGAUACUGGCUAUACAAGUUUAAUUGGAACAACAUAUUCAGGUUGUGUGGGAUGUCAAUUAUCGAGUACUUUUGUUGAUCCUUCAACCAACCAGACGGAUUUGGAAUGGGGUUUAUAUAAUUUGAGAUAUGCCAUGAGUUGGUGUCUCUUCGGCUUUCCAAAUAAUACCGCGGUGGAGGAUACGCCAUGCAUAACGUCCACAUCCUGCGCUCCCAUGCAAGAAGCCAUCGAGUAUGGAAAUCUGUCGACGGAUGCUCAAAUGGAGUAUGGAUACUGCUCAGAUAUCGCUACGAAUCAGAUUUUGGAAUGUCAAAACUGUCUCCGAAUUUCCGCGGCAACAUACUAUCUGAACAACUUCUAUACUCUCCUCUAUGGAGCCUGUGAUCAACAACCCGCACCGGGCUCAACAUUAUCCUUUCAAGGCUCCCCUUUCUCCACCACCCAACUCAACAUGACAUCUCCAACCCCAACCGCUGUCCCCGGUACAGCCUAUCCAGGUCUCUCCCUCAAUGGACGAAUCGGCAUCGCAGUAGGCGUGAUCCUCCUCGCCCUCUUCAUAACCGGCUUCUGCAUCGUCUUCAACGGCCGCCGUCGUCGCCGUCGCAUCCUCCACCAACAUCAACUCGACACCGGCUACGCCGCCUGGAAAAACGCCCAUGAUGUCGAUGGCCUCGGCGGCCAUAUCCCCGUCCUCGAAACCCACAGUGCAGACUCCAACAUGACAUCCGGCUCAGGGGGCUUCUUCGAUAGCCCCAACUCGCAACAAGCGCUGCAACCAAGUUAUUGGGGUCAGCAACAACCACAUGGGGGUAAAUUCAAUGGACCCGCUAUCAUGACGCCUAUUGAAGAUAGUCCCAUUACUCCCAUGGGCGAAAAAGUCUAUCUCAGUCCCUAUUCAUCGCAAUACAAUAGUCCAGCAACAGCAUCCACGGAUGCAAAUAGCAGGAGUCCGAACGGGGAUCCGUGGCCAAUGGAUAAGAAAGGGAGUUUUGGACAAGGAGGAGGAAGUAUGGCGGAGAAACUUAAGGCGAGGGAGAGGGAGAGGGCACGGAGGAAGAAAGAGGAGGAGGUGCUGCACGAGAGGAAUCAAAUCGAGUUGCAAAAUAUGCAGGAUUUUCAGGAGAGGAAUGUGGCGCCUGUGUUGGGUCAUCCGGGGUAUGGAAGGGAGCGGGUGAGGGAUGAAGGGAGGGGGUUGAAUAGUGAGGAUUUAAGGAGAGGCGAUGCGGUUUAG